UAUGCAUGUAUGUACCUGAUCCCCCCCGGUCUAGUCCGUCUCGUCCAAGAUUAACCCCCCAAGUUAACCAUCCCUCAUCUCCACCGUUUCACGUUAAACACCACCUUUCUGCAGCGUUCGACCCCAUCCGGAAAAUUCCAUCUCCUUGUCGGGGCAAAUCUUCGGUAAACACGCCAAUUGGCGUGUUUUUUUCUCCUUACGUUAAGGAACGUCGACCUUAUGAUUCUAUACUGCAUACUUCUUGGCUUUGGUGAAGAUUCGGCCCGACAAUCCGAGGUUUUUGUUUCAUGGGCUAAUUUGGUGUAAUAUGGGUGGACGGAGAAAGUUAUUCACGAUGUGCGUCUAUCGUGUGAUAUUUUGCGGGGUGUAAUUUGAGGCGUUGGAAUGGGGGUAUAUAUAGUUGGGUUGAGUCUCGAGGAUAGGGUGGUCUUGUUUUCUUGUUCAGCUACACUCUUUUUGACGUUUCUUUCUUGUAUAUUCUAUUCGAUCCAGACUUUGUUCAUUCAUUUGUUAGUAUGAAGCUCAGCUCUCUGAUCUUCGCCGCAGCGGCCGGUUCCGCUGUGGCUGCCCCGGCGCAUACCAAGCGAGCUGGUGCUCUUGAAUGGCUGGGAACCAACGAAUCCGGUGCCGAGUUUGGUGAAGACACCGUUCCCGGAGUCUAUGGCACGGAAUACAUCUUCCCUGA